AUGGAUUGUGUAACAUCCAGAUGUGAUGCUGUAUCAUCCAGAUGUUAUGAUGUAUCACCCAGAUGUGAUUCUGUAACAUCCAGAUGUGAUGCUGUAACAUCCAGAUGUGAUGCUGUAGCAUCCAGAUGUUAUGAUCUAGCAUCCAGAUGUGAUGCUGUAACAUCCAGAAGUUAUGAUGUAGCAUCCAGAUGUGAUGCUGUAACAUCCAGAUGUUAUGAUGUAGCAUCCAGAUGUGAUGCUGUAACAUCCAGAUGUUAUGAUGUAGCAUCCAGAUGUGAUGCUGUACCAUCCAGAUGUGAUGCUGUAACAUCCAGAUGUUAUGAUGUAGCAUCCAGAUGUGAUGCUGUACCAUCCAGAUGUGAUGCUGUACCAUCCAGAUGUGAUGCUGUAACAUCCAGAUGUUAUGAUGUAGCAUCCAGAUGUGAUGCUGUACCAUCCAGAUGUGAUGCUGUAACAUCCAGAUGUGAUGCUGUAACAUCCAGAUGUGAUGCUGUAACAUCCAGAUGUUAUGAUGUAGCAUCCAGAUGUGAUGCUGUAACAUCCAGAUGUUAUGAUGUAGCAUCCAGAUGUGAUGCUGUACCAUCCAGAUGUGAUGCUGUACCAUACAGAUGUGAUGCUGUACCAUACAGAUGUGAUGCUGUAACAUCCAGAUGUUAUGAUGUAACAUCCAGAUGUGAUGCUGUAACAUCCAGAUGUUAUGAUGUAGCAUCCAGAUGUGAUGCUGUACCAUCCAGAUGUGAUGCUGUAACAUCCAGAUGUUAUGAUGUACCAUCCAGAUGUGAUGCUGUAACAUCCAGAUGUGAUGCUGUAACAUCCAGAUGUUAUGAUGUAGCAUCCAGAUGUGAUGCUGUAACAUCCAGAUGUGAUUCUUUAACAUCCAGAUGUGAUGCUGUAACAUUUCAUUGUACUUUAAUUGUAGUUAAGCUGGACUGAAGUAUUUUGUAUUGAUCUUUGAUCAGCCUCAUUGAUUAUUGCUGUAUGUCUCCAACUUAAUAAAUUUAUUCUGCUGCUUUUUGA